GCGUCAGGACCCGAGAAGAGCGCGAGAGUCGAUCUGUUACACAUUAACCUGGAAAUCAAUCACGUGGGACGUUUUCUGUGGAUUGAAGAUUAUUCCAGGGAAACGUGAGGGUGUAACCAGGGUCUCAGAGCAGGAAUGUUAGUUACUGACAGCAAGUGAUGAGCAACAAUCAACAUUAAUGGUGAAAAUCGCAGGACUUUUCCCACUCUAAAUUGUUGGGAAUAUUUGAACUGCCCUUUCCCUGUUUGUGUGCCUGUAAUGCGAUUCCCACAGAAACCGAAAGCAGGAUUAGACUCUGGACAUCACUAUCCCGAACACACUUUUCAUUUUCGAUGCAAAACCUAAAUAGGUCCGAGAGGAUGAGCUGGAAACACUGUAUUCAGGUCCUAUGGUUUGUGCUUCCCCUCUCACUAGCUGAGAGAUUCACAGUCAGUGGCCCGGCCCUCCCUGUCCCAGCCAUUGCUGGUUCGGAUGUUGUCCUGGACUGUAAGUGUUCCACAGACCUGCCACGAGAGGGUGUGGAGGUGAGAUGGUUCAGGACAAGGUAUGAAUCCCCUGUGUACUUAUAUAGUGAGGGACGUGAUCACCUGGGGAAACAGGAUGAAGCCUACAGACACAGAACAAUACUGUUUGUAGAGGAGUUUAUCAAUGGCAAUGUGUCUCUCAGACUGGAAGAUGUGCGGGUGUCAGAUAACGGAGAAUACACGUGUUUGGUUAGCUACGCCAGAUGGCAUGAAGAGGCACUGAUAGAGUUGAAAGUUAUAGGCCUUGGCAGUCAGCCUUGGAUUCAUGUUGAUGGGCAGCACAGUGAUGGUGUGAGGCUGCUGUGUGUAUCCAGUGGAUGGUUCCCAGCACCAGAGGUUCUGUGGUUUGAUGAUCAGGGAAAUAACUUAACAAUACUUAGUCACUGGACGGUUAGAGAGGAUUCUAAAGGUCUCUUCUUUGUUAAAAGCCAAAUAGAAAUAAUCCAUUCAACCAACAAGAUCAGGUGUCUGAUUCAUAGUUCAGAAAAUGAACAAGAAGGAAAACUCCAAAUCUCAGACGAGUUCUUUCCCAAAGUGCCAGUGGGUUUGGUGGUUUCCUCACUGCUCUUAGGACUUGCCAUAAUGAUGCUGAGUGUUCUUGUCGGCUACAGUGUAAAACAACACCGAGAGAUCAAAGAUCUUGAGAAGAGAGUGGGAUUGAAAAGGAUUUGCAAGUGUGCAGUUACAGUCACUCUGGAUCCUGACACAGCCCAUCCCCGACUCAUCCUGUCUGAGGACAGGACCAGUGUGAGAUACGGAGACGAACAGCAGCCGCUCCCUGACUCUCCAAAGAGGUUUAGUAAAUCUCUCAUUGUCCUGGGAUCUGAGGGCUUCACAUCAGGGAGACAUUACUGGGAGGUACAAGGGGGUAACAAGAGGUGGAUUGUGGGAUUGGCCACAGAGUCUGUCAACAGGAAACAACCAAUCAGAUGGUCACCAGAGAGUGGGUUCUGGGGGGUGUGGCUGAGGGCUGGGGUCUAUGAGGCUCUGACGUCACCCCCCACCCCCCUGCCCCUGAUAGUGGGACCCGAGAAGUUUGGAGUUUACCUGGACUAUGAGGGGGGACAGGUGUCAUUUUACAAUGCUGACAACAUGGCUCAUCUCCACACUUUCACCCAAACUUUCACUGAGAAACUUUAUCCUCUGUUCAGUCCCAUGUUUGAUUCUGAGCCUCUGACAAUCUGCCGAUUCCUCUCUUUGAAGCAAAUCACCAACAGGUCCGAGAGGAUGAGCUGGAAACACUUUCUUCAGGUCCUAUGGCUUGCGCUUCCCCUCUCACUGGCUGAGAGAUUCACAGUCAGUGGCCCGGCCCUCCCUGUCUCAGCCAUUGCUGGUUCGGAUGUUGUCCUGGACUGUAAGUGUUCCACAGACCUGCCCCUAGAGGGUGUGGAAGUGAAGUGGUUCAGGACAAGAUAUGACUCCCCAGUGCAUUUAUACAAGGAGGGACAUCAUCAACUGCAGAAGCAGAAAGAAACCUACAGAGGCAGAACACAACUGUUUGUGGAGGAGUUUAUCAAUGGCAAUGUGUCUCUCAGACUGGAAGAUGUGCGGGUGUCAGACCACGGAGAGUACACGUGCUUCGUUGAGUACUCUGAAUGGUAUGAAGAGGCAGUGAUGGAGUUGAAUGUUAUUGACGACUUCUUUCCCAAAAUGCCAGUGAGUUUGAUGGUUUCCUCACUGCUCUUAGGACUUGCCAUAAUGGUGCUGAGUGUUCUUGUCGGCUACAGUAUAAAACAGCAUCGAGAAAUCAAAGACCUUCAGAAAAGACUGGAGCGGAGAAAGUUCACCCCCUACGCAGUUACAGUCACUCUGGAUCCUGACACAGCCCAUCCUCAGCUCAUCCUGUCUGACGACCUGAUCAGUGUGAGAGUUGGAGAUGAACAGCAGCAGCUCCCGGACAUCCCGGAGAGGUUCAUUAACUGGCCAUUUGUGCUGGGAUCUGAGGGCUACAUGUCGGGGGGACAUUACUGGGAGGUGCAGGUGGGCAACAAGACUGACUGGAUUGUGGGAGUAGCCAGAGAGUCGGUGGACAGAAAAGAACCCAUCACAGAGGGUGGAGUCUGGUGUGUGUGUCUGAUGGGUGUGGUCUAUUAUGCUCUGACCUCCCAUCGUACCUGUCUGACCCCGAGAGAGAGACCCGGGAAGGUCGGAGUGUUCCUGGACUAUGAGGGGGGACAGGUGUCAUUUUACAACGCUGACAACAUGGCUCAUCUCCACACUUUCACCCAAACUUUCACUGAGAAACUUUAUCCUCUGUUCAGUCCCUGGUAUAAUGAGGACGGAGGAAACUCUGAGCCGCUGACAAUCUGCUCAGUGAGAGCUUAAUAAGAUGGAAAACCCUCAGCCAUUCACUAGAUUGAUAAGCGGUGGGUGAAAAUAUUCUCGGGGAGAUGAGUGGGACUGUUCCCCUUAAGACGGAUGUGAUCUCUGUGCCAUCAUCAAAGAUGGGUUCUCCUCCCUCUUCACCACUGACUCCGAGGUCCAUCGGCCAAUCAGAGCUCAUGAUGUCCAGACGAGCAGCCGUUGACAAGUUAGGUGAAGGGCAAGAGGGGCCCAUGUGUUGGGGACGUUGAGGAGACUGACUGUGGUCUUCCUCAGGGCUUUUUCCUCCCAGCUCCCCUUAAACAGGUGACGGUAAUAGGUUGUGGGAGGAGGGUGGGAGGAGGGGGGUAUGGGUGCUGAGACCCUUCGAGCACUCGUAACCCGCUGUCUACACAGAGCUUUACUUGUUUUUUCUUAUUAAUAAUAAUCAAUCCUUGUGUCUCCCUUUGUGAUUGCUUUUGAUGACUAUAUUCAUUUUAAUACCUUUUAUCUGUUUAUGUAAUUAAACAAUGAAUCACAAGAUGAUUAUUAAUGAUAACAAUAAUCCUUGCAUUUCAUAUAGGGCCUGAUAACACCUUCGAGAUAUCUCAAAGCCCUUCACAGAAUAUAAUGGAAAGUUGAUUGCGUAUGUAUUUUGUGGGCAAAACGCAGCAGGCAAUUGCACACAGUAAUGUCCCACACACAGUCGUGUUUAAAAUUAUUUAAUUAUUAUUUAAAUAAUUUUAUCUUUCUAUCCCAGACAGCUCGGUUUAUAUAUGAAAAAUAAAAUAUUUGAAACUCCUGAAGAAAUAUUAAACUGAAAUUAAUCAUAAUAAUAACAAAGUAUCCGAUAUGGAACGUAGAUUGCAGUGAUAGCACUGACAAACCAUUUAACA